AUGGAUGAUAAAUGGGCUGUUUCCAGCAAGGCUCCACAACCAAAUGCGAUAUCAGGCAGCAGGAUUUACCUGACUUUUAACAGACCCAAAGUGGACGACUGUCAUCGUGGCAUCCUCUGUACAAACCCUGCGACACCAAAUGGCCUAGUCUCAGGCAUCCUCUUCCACGUCGAGCACGACUCGGCCACCGAUUCUUCCAAAGACGACGUUACGGAGCAUACCCGGUCUGGCAAAUGGAGUUUUCGAGAAGUGACUUCACGAAACCCGAGGACGGUAAAAUCACUUCUCUACGCUCAACAGAUUGGAAAAAUCAACCCAUCUUCGCAUGACGAGGAUUUAAAUAAGAUCAGAGAGGCUUUGAAGGAAGUUCCAGUUGGGAGAGAAAAUAGGGAGAGGACUUUGGGCAAAUUGAGUCAGGGUGAGGGAAAUCCGGAUCUGGAAGGCUUCGAUUGUGUCGUGUGGACUGUGGAUGCGCUGAGGAAGUUGCAAGAGAGGGGCAUUAUUAUCCUGGACCAAGAGCCUGGAGUGUUGAUGGUGGAAGCGAGGAGGUCAGCAUGGCCAGGUGAUAUCGCCGAGCUAAUCGCACAGUCUCAAGCGAUUGCGCAUAAUGGAGGGUAA